UUUGUGUCAAUUUGGCAACGUGACGAGUGCCUGGUAUAUUCGGCGGCAACCCGAAUCGCUCAGUUCAAUCUUCCCUCUCUGUUAAGCGUGUCGUUCUCUCUCCAUCAACAUGGCAGACAUCUCCAAGGAAGAUCUUCGUAAAGAAAUUGCCGCCAUCCUUAAGGAUGCCAACUUAGGUUCCACUUCGACCAAGAAGGUCAGGCAAGAGUUGGAGGAGAAACUUGGCGCCAACCUCCAGUCAAGGAAGAAGGAAAUCGAUGACAUGGUCAUGGAAUUCGUGAAGUCCAAGGAGUCCGGCGAAGAAGAGGAGGAGGAAGACGAGGAAGAGGAAGAGGAGGAGGAAGACUCCGAGGACGAUAAGAAGAAGAAGCGCGGCUCCACCGGCAAGAAGCCGGCGGCAAAGAAGGCCAAGAAGGCGGCCGACGACUCUGACGCCAGCGAACAGUCCGACGGCGACUCCGACGAGGAGUACUCGCCCAAGAAGGCCAAGCCGGCCAAGACCCGCAAGCUCCCGCCCAAGAAGAAGAAGGGCUCUGACUCCGACUCCGAUGAGGACUACUCUGCCGGUAAAAAGAAGGGAAAGAGCGGCGGUGCUGGACGUAAACGCGGCGGAGGCGGUUACACAAAGGCCCUUAAUUUGUCCCCUGAAUUGGCUGCCCUUGUGGGACAAGACACCAUGGCCAGACACGAGGUGGUUAAGAAGGUCUGGUCAAUAAUCAAGGAGAAGAACUUGUAUGACCCCAAGAAUAAGCAGUUUGCCAUUUGCGACGAUGCUUUGUUCAAAGUAAUUGGCAUCAAGCGUUUCAGAACGUUUGGCAUGAUGAAGUAUCUUAAGAAUCACUUUGUCAGUUAAAUGUUUCAUUUUGUUGUACAUCAUUGUAGUCGGCGGCAGAUUUUGUGUUCUUUCCUUAAAUUCUCUGACUAUGGUUUGCAUUAAUUUAAUUUUGUAAUGUCAAUAUUUUGGACGAUGAAUAUUGUAGAUAUUGAUGUUAAAGAUCUGCCCUGACAUUGUAAUUUAAUGAUUUGUAAAAUUAGAAUAUUAUUUUUUAUUGCGAUUUUUAUAUUAAUUUGACAUUGACAAAAGUCUUGAGAACUGAUUUCUAAUAAUUAGAUAGAUUUAGAUUCCUUUUAAGAUUAUAUGGAUAUAUAUUUAGUAACUAAUGUGUGUUCCAUGUGCACUUGUAUAUGUUUUGUCUAAAUUAUGUAAUUCAUUAUUUACGUAUAAAAUUGAAUAAAGUAUAUAAAAGAUAA